AUGGAGCCACCGCGAGGAGAAGCGCGGCAGGAAGGGCUGAUCGAGUUCUACGGCUCCUUCAGGGAGAUGUUCGAGUUCUUCUGCAAGAACACCACGAUCCACGGCACCAUCCGCCUGGUGUGCUCCGGCAGCAACCGCAUGAAGACGGCGUUCUGGACGCUGCUGCUGCUGGCCAGCUUCGGGAUGCUCUACUGGCAGUUCGGCCUCAUGUUCCGCCAGUUCUGGGCCUACCCUGUGGUGCUCACCAUGUCCAUGCACUCCGAGCCCAAAAUGUUCCCGGCUGUCACCGUCUGCAACCUGCAUCCCUACAGGUUUGAGCUGGUCAGCGAGCACCUGGAGCAGCUGGACCGGAUGGCAGCGGAAUCCAUCACCUUUUUGUACGGCAUCAACGCCUCGGCCAGGCUAUUCCGCGAGAGCGACAGGAAAAUCCAUGCCCAGGCCUUGGCCAAGCUCAACAGCUCCGGCUUCAAACUCAGCCACAACUUCUCCCUACUGAGGGUGUCUGACCUCAGGGCAGGCAGGAAACAUUCCAGCGUGGGAUUCCAGCUGUGCAAUUCCACAGGCGGGAAUUGUUUCUACAAGACCUUUUCCUCGGGCAUGGAUGCCAUCCUGGAGUGGUACAGGUUCCACUACAUGAACAUCAUGUCCCAGCUGCCUGCCAUCAUCAACAUUUCCCAGCACGAGGAGCCCAUCGAGGACGUGGUUUACUCCUGCCAGUACAACGGGGAGCCCUGCAGGCCCAGUGAUUACGAUCACUUCCACCACCCAGUUUUUGGGAGCUGCUACACUUUGAACAGCAAGGGGACAGAUCCCUUCUGGACAGCCACCAAACCAGGAAUUCCUUAUGGGCUGUCCCUCAUCCUGCGGGCCGAGCAGAAGGAGCACAUCCCGCUGCUCUCCACCGCCGCCGGCGUCAAGGUGAUGAUCCACAGCCACAACCAGACCCCGUUCCUGGAGCAUGAGGGCUUCCACAUCCGCCCGGGCAUCGCCACCACCAUCGGCAUCCAGCAGGACGAGGUGAAUCGCCUGGGUGGCAAUUACGGCAAGUGCACCACCAACGGCGCCGGCGUGGCCGUGGAGCUGCUCUACAACAGCUCCUACACGCUGCAGGCCUGCCUGCACUCCUGCUUCCAGCGCUGGAUGCUCCGCGAGUGCGGCUGUGGCUAUUCCCGGUACCCGCUGCCCGCCGGGAGAGCACGGCACUGCGACUACGGCGUGCACCCGGCCUGGGGGCACUGCUUCUACCAACUGUACCGCCGGCUCCGGAGCCACCGCCUGGAUUGCUUCCAGCAGUGCCCCAAGCCCUGCAGGGAAUCCUUGUACAAGGUCUCAGCUGGCACAGCCAAGUGGCCCUCGGCAAAAUCCCAGGACUGGGUUCUGCAGGCUCUGAGGCACCAGAACGGAUACAACUCCAGCAGCAGCAGGAAGGAGCUCGCCAAGGUCUCCAUCUUCUACCGGCAGCUGCGCUCCCAGGCCCUGCACGAGGCCCCGCUGCUCUCGGAGAACCUGCUGCUGUCCAGCAUGGGGAGCCAGUGGAGCCUGUGGUUUGGCUCCUCGGUGCUGUCGGUGCUCGAGGUGCUGGAGCUGCUCGCCGAUGCUCUGGUCCUGGCCCUGCUCUGCUGCUUCCGCCGGCUCCGGGCCACGGAGCGGCCCCCGGCCCCGGAGAGCUCCGGGGAGCGGCAGGAGGAGCCCCGGGAAGGGCAGCAGGGAGCCCGAGGAUCAGGAAUGGGGCUCCCACGGCACCCGGAGCUGGAGCUGGAGGGGUUCGGGAGCAGCCGGGAGCUGGGACGGGAGUGA